UUUGAUAGAAAGCGAACAGUAGUAGUGGUGUGACAGGGAAAAGCGGUUGUAAUUCGUCUGUUACGUUGUUGCGGACUCGGUUUACACCAAUAAUACCACGCCUGCAUCUUCAUGCCAUACUUCCAGGAACCUUCAAAACUGAGGCAUGGCAUCAGAAAACGCGUAUUCGCCCCAGGAUCCAACACUGAAAAAGCGAGAUGAUUUUGAAGAUGUCCUGGAAGAACGGCGGAAUUCCAGUGAUGUAAAAUAUGCAUUUAGAUGCUACACUCCUGUUCUUUAUAAUGGAAUUCCCCCAUGUAAAGCAAGCUUGCUAAAACACACGGUCCUUAAGUCAGACCAUGUGCUUUUUGUUAUUCAACAGUUAUCAAAGGAGUCUGGAGAGUCCCCAGAAAUUAUCCAUGAGGAGGCCGUAGAGAUCUUAGAUGAGAUGGCCCAGAAUCUGAAGCUCAGUGUUGUUAGAUUUUUUGCAUUCAUGUUGAGCAAAGCCUUUAAAACUCUUUUCCAAAGAGUAAGAGUCAAUGAAGAAGGCAUUCAGAGGUUGCAGCAAGCUAUCCAACAGUAUCCAGUUGUCCUCCUUCCCAGUCACCGCAGCUAUAUAGACUUCCUAAUGCUGUCCUAUGUUCUAUAUACCUACGACCUAUCACUGCCUGUAAUUGCUGCUGGAAUGGACUUUUUGGGAAUGAAAAUUGUUGGUGAGAUGUUGCGCAUGUCUGGUGCCUUUUUCAUUCGUCGUUCAUUUGGAGGUGACAAGCUGUACUGGGCUUUAUUUUCAGAAUAUGUGAAAACAAUGUUACGGAAAGGAUAUGCACCUAUUGAGUUCUUCUUGGAAGGAACUCGAAGCCGCACUUGUAAAUCACUAGUUCCAAAACUGGGUCUUCUGAACAUUGUGAUGGAACCGUUUUUUAAGGGUGAGGUUUUUGAUGUGAGCUUAGUGCCAAUCAGUAUUAGUUACGAAAGGAUACUUGAGGAAUCUCUUUAUGCAUAUGAGCUUCUGGGUGUUCCUAAACCAAAAGAAUCAACUUCAGGUCUUUUAAAAGCUAGAAAAAUACUCAGUGAUGAUUUUGGCAGUAUCCAUGUUUACUUUGGACAUCCGGUUUCUCUAAGGAGUUUGGCACAAGGGAAGAUCAGUAGGUCCUACUGCAACUUGGUUCCAAGGCAUAUUCCUGUAAAGCCCCCCAAAGACAUCUUCACAUUUGUGAAUGACAUUGGAUAUAAAAUGGUCCGUCUUCAGCAGGAGAAUAUGGUUAUUAGUCCAUGGGUACUGGUUGCAUCCAUCCUAAUUCAGAGUUUACCUCAAAUUGAUAUAAAUCAUCUCACAGAACAAACAGUCUGGCUACGAAAUUUAGCACAAUCCUUUGGUGCAUUUGUUGACUGGCCAGAUCACAUAUCUGUCAGCAAAGUGGUUGCCUCCAGUAUUUCUCUGCAUCACUCCAUUGUAAAAAACACUGGUGGUCGAGUUACCCUGAUUGAAGAAAAGCAGGAUUCUAGCAACCUGGAGCAUCAGCUGUUCAAAUAUGCUGCCACUGUUCUGAUGUGUGCAUCAUACAGGAAUCAAAUUUUACAUAUCUUUGUUCGACCUGCAUUAGUGGCUAUUUCCGUUCACUCAGUGGGCAGUUCUAGAAAAGAAGAGAUUUUCAGUUAUUUCAGCUUUCUUCGAGACAUAUUUUCUCAUGAAUUUAUAUUUGCACCAGGACAUACUGUACAGGAUUUUGAAGAGGGAUGCUAUCUUCUUAUGAAAGCUGAUGCCAUUCAGAUACUCAAGACUGAUAUUCUUUUGUCAGAGAGAGGUCAUAAGAUUGUUUCCUUUUUCCUAGCCAUGUUCCAGCCUUUUCUGGAGGGAUAUCAGGUCAUAUGUAGGUACCUGUCUGAAGAAGCCCUUGAAGGGGUAACUGAAAAUCAAUAUGUAUCUGCUGUUCGCAAGUUUGCAGUAAAGCUUCUUUUGUCAGGAGCCGUUAAGUCUUGUGAAGUCCUUUCUUCUGACCUGCAGAAAAACGCAUUGGCAGCACUGUUGAAGCUGAAUAUAUGUAGAAAAACUAAAGAGAUGGAGCAAGUUGUUGUAAAGGUGAAUAGAACUGCAGUUAACAGUGUUGAAGACACACUAGGCAGAAAAUUGACACCUCUAAAAACUGCACUGGCAAGACUUUAGUGUGGAGCUGGCAGUAUGUGACAAGUGACUGGGAACCCAAUGCCUUUAGUGGAGACCAAGCUAUUCAUGACAAAACAGCAUUAUAUCCUCCUAAAGUUCACAACAAAUUCACUUGAGAUGAAUUGCAAACCUGCUUCUGAAUGGAUAUUCCUAAAUUCAUCCUUUAUUGUAAUUGUGCAAAUAAACUAAACGGUUUGGAAUUCAUUUACUGAUCCUUAAUCAUGUAUGGCUACAUUUGUUUUAUGAAUCACAAAUUAUGUUAUAGCCUUACUUGUUUUGUAUGUAGCAUCCUCCCAUUGGUUUUACACAUGUUGUACUUUUUAGUUUUCAGUGUUACAUCAUCAGGACAAAGAUAAUGGUUUGCAUUGGCACAUUUUUGUAUUUGAUUACAAUAAAUAUAUCUGAUGUAAAAAUCUGAUGGUACUCUGUGGAAAAUUAGAAACUUUUAAUAUAUUAUUUAUUUGAAAAUUUGGAAAUAGAACGUGCUUACAUGUUUAGUAGAAGAAGAAAUGACAGGGUUGUAAGGCUACGCAAGUUUUCAGUCUGCGUGGUUAGCAGUGAACUUCUACUGUUAAGUGAUAACACUCCUUGUUUCAAACACGGCUUAAGUUUUUGCAGAAUGUGCAACUAGAAAUAACUUUGUUUUCUAAGUUUUCAUUUUUUAAAACAAUUGUCAGUGUUCAACUUAUUUUAGAUCAUUGCUGCCAUGCCUGAAAAUCCCUGUUUUGUGCUACAUUACUGUACCACUAGACUCCAUUUGUUACAUUGUGCAUUAAUUUUAUAAAGGCAUUUGUUAAUUAAACAUAAUGUAAAGAAGUUCAUGUUUUCUAAUAUUAAAAGUAAAGUGGCUUUUACCAGUA